AUGUCUUACUCAAAUAAGCAUGAAGUUAUAUUUCUAGACAAAAAGGACGCCCGUUCAACUUUACGUCUUGAAGAUUACUAUGACAUUGAUCGUAAGUUCUCAAAACCUGGAUUCCGUACCGAAAGUGGUCAGUUCAAUUGGCACUGUUCUUGUGUUAGUUCGUACAUAUCUGGUCCAUGUGGAUACUUCUUCAGAAACUUUAUGCAAAACAUAGACAAAUUUAUGAAAAAUGAGGAUGCUUUUGAGAAGCAACAGAAUCGCAAUUUAUUUGUUAAACUUCACUCUGAACUAAUGGGUUGUUUAAAAUCUCAUUCAGUGUACUACAAGUCUUUUAUGGAUGAAUAUGCCUCACCUUUGGAUAGUAUAAUUAAAGAUGUUGAAUGA